AUGGCCGCUACCGCUGUUAAUCCCAAAGCUUUCCCUCUGGCUGAUGCUGAUUUGACUAAUCAAAUACUUGAUCUUGUCCAACAAGCUUUACAUUAUAAACAAUUAAAGAAAGGUGCCAAUGAAGCCACCAAAACAUUAAAUCGUGGUAUGUCUGAAUUUAUUGUGAUGACUGCUGAUACAGAGCCAAUUGAAAUUGUAUUACAUUUACCGUUAUUAUGUGAAGAUAAAAAUGUUCCCUACGUCUUUGUUCCGUCUAAAACUGCUUUGGGACGUGCAUGUGGUGUUUCUCGUGCAGUCAUUGCUGCCUCUAUAAUCAGUAACGAAGCAUCAGAACUUAAACCUCAAAUUCAGGCGAUCAACCUUUAA